UAGUAUAUUCCACUUACAAGCCGUCCAGCCUCAUAAACACCACUCGAUUCUAACCUCGCUCACCCGUUUCUCUAAUAAUAGUAAAAAUAAAAGACUCACUAGCCAAUAUGGACGCCGACCACAUCGACAAGCUCCUCGAGCGGUAUCUUCACUUACUGCACGAGUACACAGCCCUGAGAGACCAGCUCAGCAGUCUGCAAACAGGCAUGUACCAAACCAUCGCGCGCGCAAACUUCGCCGCCGAGCGCGGUUUGCGCUUCGGCCAAGACCACUACGACGAGCGCAUGCAAGCCAGCAGGAGAGUCAUGAUUUCCAAAGACGAUGACCAGGAGUCUUCGGUUCCUGUAUUCACCGUUACUGCGGAACCCAAGGAGCCAGAAAAAGAAGUUGUUACUGAUGAUAAAGCCGGUGACGUUGUUGGGGAAGAAGAGGAAGAGGAAAAGAAGGAGGUGGCCGUGCCUGAGGAGAAGAUACGCCGGAAGGACCCGCUGAGAUGGUUUGGACUGCUGACCCCCAUGGCCCUACGGCAAGCCCAGGCGCAGAGCAUCGAGGCGGUCGAGCAGGUCAUCCCGAGACUGGUCUCCGUCAACGCCGAGAUGGCACAGGUUGAGAUAGAGGUCCGCCGGGCUCGCAAGAAGCGUGCUAAGGCUGAGGCUGCUGCUGCUAAGAAGGAGCAGGAGGUUGGUCUUGGUGCGGAGGUUGCGGUAUGAUCUUAGUUUAUACUUAAUACGUACUUACUCACCUUUUGCACUAUCAUGCAAUAAUGGCUAUAAUCUAUAUCUAUAGAAUAGCUGCUUAAUACGACUAAUCAUGAU